AUGGGAGGCUGAGUUAAAUACUCUGGUGCAUUCUUCUUCCUAUCACUCUGAGCCUCUACAGGACAUCUCCAAACUCAGCAGAGAAAGGGGAAUCUACAUUGCCAAGAUGCCGGAGCAAGUGUAAGUGUAUUCUUUUCCAGCGAACCCCUUCAUGAGACGGGUCAGACAGCACAUGCCAGUUAUCUUUAGAAACACUAACAAUGACUGCCUGAUCAAUUCUGUGUGCCACAUUGGGAAGUAUUUCAGAUAUUAUGCUAAAUUAUGUUUCCACUAAAAUGUGUUUUUUUUCUUUACAGACAAGAGGUGAGAUUUAAUUCUAAUUCUAUUGCAUAAAUGCCAAUAAACCCUGGUUAAGUGAGACAUUAAUUAUACUGUCAAUCUAUGACUAACUUAAUCAAAUUGAUUCAUCUUUUUGAAGCGAAAGUCGAAGAUCUCGGCCUCCCGUAAGCUCAUGCUCAAGAGCUUAAUGGUGGCCAAGGCGAAGGAGGAGAUCGAGCAGGAGAUAGUGGAUAAAGAGGAGGAGAAGGAGAGGUAUCUGACAGAGAGAGCACCCGCCUUACAGACCGGUGGCAUGUCCUUUGCUGAGCUCCAGGAGUUAUGUCGGGAGUUACAUGCCAAGGUUGACGUGGUGGAUGAGGAGCGAUAUGACAUUGAAGCCAAAGUCAUGCACAACACCAGAGAGAUCAAUGACCUGAACAUCAAAGUUUUGGAUCUGAGGAGGAAGUUCAAGCGGCCCAACCUGAGGAGGGUAAGGGUCUCUGCUGACGCCAUCUUGCGCUCCCUCCUGGGCUCCAAACACAAGGUCUCCAUGGACCUUCGGGCAAACCUCAAGUCAGUCAAGAAGGAGGACACAGAGAAGGAGAAGACAGUGGAGGUGAGUGACUGGAGGAAGAACGUGGAGGCCAUGUCUGGCAUGGAGGGAAGGAAGAAGAUGUUUGACGCAGCCAAAGGCGCCCCUCAGUAGACAGAGAAUAUUCCAGAUGUUUCUUUCAUUUCUAUUCAUCCUGAACAUUCAAAAUGCAUUAAUGGUUUAAAGUCUUGUUUCAGUGGCACUACAAUGCUUGUAUUUAUUGUUUAGCAAGGCUUACACAGUACAAGCUGUAUGCUGCUACAAUCACAAUGUUCUGCUUCAUCCUCACUGUUAAUAUUGGCCUGAGAAGAAAUUAUAGAGUAAAUUAAUGCAAUUCCACUAAUUUUGCCAUGGGGCAGAGAAAUAAUUUUGCAGUUUUAAAGCUUAUUUGCUUGCCUGACACCUGCAUUUAAUUCCGCUGCUCUAUCAAUCGCGUCAUACAUUGUCUGAAACUAGAAGUCGAUUGUGCUGAUGCCAAAAUGAGGGGCGUUGUAGAAAACAAAUUCAUCAGCGAUUGGAUCAUCUCCAACCAAUCAGAGUAUCAAAGUUGACAAGGUCAUCAUGCAGGGCAGGUUUGGCCCGACACUUUCUGGGACCAAUCAGAACGGUCAGAAUGUGUUCGCAUUCUACAAGACAUCAGGGAGGAAAGCAAAUCUAGACUCAUCGUGAAGAAGAAACGCUAGUGGAUGUGACGUUUGGCCAGAGGGAUGUGGAUGGUUAGUCAGGCUACUAAUGUGCUGCUAUUCUACACAUUUUGCCAUGGGGUGGAGACAACUUUUUGGUGAAUGUGAGAUAGUGAGAACGACUGACAAAAUCAUAAACUGGUUACCAACGUAAUUAGAGCAGUAAAAAUAAGUUUUGUAUCUGUGGUAUAUGGUCUGAUAUACCACGGCUGUCAGCCAAUAACAAUUCAGGGCUCAAACCACCCAGUUUAUAAUGGCCAACGGGUGGGUCUAAUCCUGAAUGUUUAUUGGUUAAUCCUGGGCCCAACAUCACCGAGCCAGCGAUACGCACCGGAGUGGAAAGCGGUGGAUGGCCUCGUCCACUGAUCGUCGCCGCUGUGGAAGUGGGUGAGUGCUAUGGUCCUAUGGUUUCUCUCGACUCACCCGGCUCCAGGAUAGAUUUUGACUCUUCAAACAUACCAAAGUCGCUAUAUGCGAUCCCUGACUCUGCUUCUGGUACGCAAGCUGUUUUAAUUAGUUCCCCGAAUCCAGUGCAGGCGGGAGGGAUUGUUAAUUGCGCUACCGAACUGCCCCUAAUCAAAACUAAACAAAACGGCCUAAACCCAGCCGUCAGAAAACACUGAAAAUUUAACUUUUUUCAAUGUGUCAAUCACUCUCGAGUCAUCUGGGACCCACGAGCUAAGCCCAAGGGACUACUAGGGGGGCACUUGAACAUUCGUAGUGUCAUUCCAAAAAGUUAUCAAAUUCAACAUCUACUCACAGACUCCAACCUUGACUUUCUCUGCCUCUCAGAGACAUGGCUCCAUAAAAACUCUCCAUCUGCUGCUUUGAUUGUGCCUGGCUACAAUGUUUUCAGGAGAGACAGGACUGAAGGAAGAGGAGGGGGUGUGAUGAUUUACAUUAAAGAACAUAUCCGAUGUAAACAAA